UUUAACGAUAUACAACAGAAAAAAUGGUUAUGUGUUAUAUGAAUAUUUUUUUAUUUUUUUAAAAAAUAUUGUUUUUAAUUAAUAUCAUUACUAAGUUAUUUCGUAACAAAAAGAAAUGGUUAUUUAUGGCAUUUAUAUUGUUUCAAAGUCGGGAGGCUUGAUUUUUAACUAUGAUCAUACAUUACCCAAAAUCGAGUCAGAAAAAAGAUUUUCUUACCCCUUAGACAUCAAACUCAGCUACGAAAACAAGAAAGUUUCUGUUGAAUUUGGUCAAAGAGAAGGUUUACACGUGGGACAUGUUCUGUAUGCUGUUAAUGGAGUUCCAGUUACCGGCAGACAGCUAGACGAUGGAAGGGAAGUAUCAGAAGUAAUAGAAAACAAAGAAAACUACCCGUUAACUUUAAAAUUCGGUCGCCCUAAGAUGACAACCAAUGAGAAAAUAUUCCUAGCUAGCAUGUUCUAUCCGUUAUUCGCAAUAGCUAGUCAGUUGAGUCCUGAACCAAAAAGCUCGGGUAUAGAAGUGUUAGAAGCCGAUACAUUUAAGUUGCACUGCUUUCAAACACUUACUGGCGUUAAAGUAAUGAUUAUUGUUGAUAAAACGCAGAUUGGUACUGAGGUUUUACUGAAGAAAGUGUAUGAACUUUAUGCAGAUUAUGCUUUGAAAAAUCCUUUUUAUUCCCUUGAAAUGCCGAUUAGGUGCGAAUUAUUUGAUACUAAUUUAAAAAGUAUGUUGGAACAGGUGGAUAAGAAUGGCAUUGCCAGUAUUUAAAUAGUGGAGUAUUAUAAAUUAAUUACUGUUAUAUAAGUUUUAUAUUUUUAUUAUUGAUAUUUUUGAGCUAUUUAUUUGUAAAUAUAUGUUUAUUUUU